CGGAGCGGAGACAAAGGCGCCGCGCCACCCUCCCCCCGCCCCUUUUUCCCGCUUUCCCCCGGUUAUAACGCGCCCCGCCCCCUCCCAUCCCGGUACCGCGCCGGCCCAUGGCUACCGGGGUUGCUCUAUGCCCGGAGGGGAGCCGGAGGCGGGUGGGGGUCCGGCCGGUAUGGCGGGUGGGCGUCGUGGGGGUGGUAAAGCGGGCGGGGGGGUGUCGGUGAAGAUGGCGCUGCGGCGGGCCUACUCCAUCAAGGACAAGCUGCAGGCCAUCGAGAGGGUGAAGAAAGGCGAGCGGCAGGCCUCGGUGUGCCGGGCUUUCGGGGUGCCGGGGGGAACGCUGAGGGGUUGGCUGAAGGACGAGGCCAAGCUGCGGUGGUUCCUGGAGCAGCUGGGGGGCGAGGUGGGGACCCAACGCAAGAAGAUGCGCUUGGCCAACGAGGAGGAGAUCGACCGCGCCGUCUACGCCUGGUUCCUCGCCCUCCGACAGCAUGGCGUCCCCCUCUCCGGACCCCUCAUCCAAGCCCAGGCCGAGGCCUUCGCCCGGCAGAUCUACGGCCCUGAAUGUACCUUCAAGGCCAGCCACGGCUGGUUCUGGCGCUGGCAGAAGCGGCAUGGCAUCUCCAGCCAGCGCAUCUACGGCGAGGGCGGUCUCUCCGCCGAACCCGAGCGGGCUCCCGCCACCUGCCCCGACACCUUGCCGAUGCCGGCCACCGAUGCCAGUGGCUACGGCGACGAGCAGAUCUACAACGCCAAUGUCACCGGGCUCUACUGGAAGCUGCUGCCGGGACAGACCGGUGAGGCAACGACAGCACGGCGGCGACCGGCUCCCCGAGAACGGGUCACCGUGCUGCUGGCUGCUAACUUGACCGGCUCCCACAAGCUCAAGCCGUUGGUGGUGGGGGGCCUUCGCGAUCCCCCCAGCCUCCGCCAUCACAACCAGGACAAAUUCCCCGCUUGCUACCGCUACAGCCCUGAAGCCAGGUUGGGGCCGGCGCUUCUCCGGGCUUGGUUCUUUGAGGACUUCGUGCCGGGUGUGAAACGCUACCUGCGGCGGAGCUGCCUGCAGCAGAAGGCUGUGUUGCUGCUCAGCUCCCCACCGUCCUCCUCCGGGACGGGCCCCGAGGAGUCCCCACCGCUGCAGACCCCUGACGGCUCCAUCCGUGCCCUCUUCCUCUCCAAGGGCCCUGCCGGGAGCGGCUCGGCCGGAGGAGGUGGCCGAAUCCCGGCCCCGUUGGAGCAGGGGGUGGUGUCCACCUUCAAGCAGCUCUACAAGCGCGAAUUGCUGCGCUUGGCUGUCUCCUGCGUGGCUGGCGGCGCUGGUGGCCCCAUGGACUUUGUGCGGUCCUUCCUCCUCAAGGACAUGUUGUACCUGGCCGGUCUCUCUUGGGACCUCAUCCCCCCUGGCUCCAUCGAGAAAUGUUGGCUGCUGGGCUUGCGCGCCGCCUUCGAGCCCCAGCCCGGGGAGGAAGAGCACGGAGACCCCCAGCGCGGGGAGGAAGGCGGCGGGGACAGCAAAGUCUUUAGUGACCUGACCCACCUGGCCGCCUUGGCUUACAAACGCUUGGCUCCCGAGGAGGUGGCCGACUGGUUGCACUUGGAUGAUACAGCCCCGGGGACGGAGGAGGACAAUGGGGAAGAGGAUGCUGAGGAGGAAGGCUCUGGGGGCUGUGGGGCAGAGGAGGAGGAGGAGGAGGCAGCUGCCAGAGAUGAGGAUGGCAGAAAGGGUGGAGAAGGAGGGGAUGGCUUGCUGCCCACGGCUCGGGAAGCCAUCAAAGGUCUGGAGACGGCGUUGCGCUGGCUGGAGGGUCAGGACCCCCGGCAAGUGGGGCCGCUGAAGCUGGUGCAGCUCCGCUCCCUCAUCAGCAUGGCCCAGCGGUUGCACCACGGCGGCAGCCCCCAUUCCUAGGGCAGGGCCAAGAGCAGACCUCUUGGCUACCAACCGCCCCGCUUGGGCUCGGGGGGGACACAGGGCUGGGGACACCCCGGUUGUCCCAGAGGGCUGGCGGUGGAGGUGCCAGUUCCCCUCACCCCUCCGUCACGGGGCUCAGGAGGCCCCUGGGUUCCCACGGCUACAAGGGGGUUACAAUUUAGGGCUAAUGGGAUUUUUUUGGAGCAACAGCCCCUCCGUACGUUGCGUAUUCGAGGGUUGUUCCUCACCUAAGUAUAUUUAGGAGGUGCUAUUUUUUUUAAAUCCCAUGAGACUGAGCGGGGGUGGCCCCCUGGUCACCGGCACCAGUAGAAGGGGAUGGAUGUUCCCCCCACCCUGCCCAGUCCCCCCAAUGCUGUGGGGAGAAGAGGUGAAGGAGGGACCUGCUUGGCAUCACUGCGAGGAGCCGGGAUGAUGGGGGAGUUACACUAGGUAAUUCCUCACUUCUCGGAGCGGGGCUGGACAGGGAUCACUCCCGGGGGGGGCAUAAGGCAAACGUUCUGCCCUGGAAGAGGCUGGUGACACCCUUCCCGCUGCCAAAACAGAGUCCUGUUAAACUGGGGAGAUUUGGGACUGGUUUAAGACAACUUUCUUCAUGCACUGGAUUGGUGGCAUCCAAGAAGCUGUCGGCUCCCCCAGAGAGGGUCACCUCCAUCAUUCCCAUGACAGCCCCGUGCCCGGGAACACCCAGACCACGGAGACCUGCUGAAACAGGUACCAUCAUCCGAGCAUCCUCACAAAGCCGAAGGCUGCGGGGAUGGGGUUUGAGGUGUCCGUCCCCACCCCGGAGUUUGCGGGGUGGCUGGGGGCUGGAGGACAUGUCUUGCAGUGACGUUUGCUGGCGUGACACGCGUGGCGAGUUGAGACGGGAGCGGGGAGGGCUCCCAGCACUGCCUCGAAAUGCUGGAGGCAUCAGAUGUGAAUUUAGCAGCUCUUGUCCUGAUUUUUAAUAAAAUUUUAGCCUGCUUAGCCAAAUUAUUGAAAGGAGAGAAAAAAAAAAACAACCCAACUCAUCAGUGCUGCCCUGUCAACAGGCAGCUUGGGUGUUUUUACUUGUCGCGUCUUUGUCUCAUAACUUCAGAGUUUAUGGAAAUUAAAUGGAUUUUUAUUCCCGCUUU